AUGGUUCUGUAUGUGGGCAGCAUCAGCGAUGAAGUCUACGAAGAAGUGGAUAUGUACAAAGACAGGCUAGAAAUUGUCCCAUGGCCACUGUUCCCUCGAAAAUCUAAGGCAUCCCCAGAUAGUUUGCACCUGAAUGCGAGAUCGCAUCGAGUUACUCAAGCUGCUGCAUUUACGGACUGUUGGUUGCGAUUUGCGCCCAUAUCGCAACGAGUAACGAUGAGCGAUCUGGCAGUAAUCCAAUUCCCUGCGGCACGGAUCGACAAGUCUACAGGGUUAGAAUUCUUUCCUUGCUUUUCUUUAUAAUC